AAACAGCGGCAGGAGAAGGAGAUGGCUGAGAAAAGACGGAGGACAACGGUGGAAUUCGCCAAAGAGGAACGUCGGCGAGCCCAUGAGUUCCGAAAACAGAAAGAGGAACAGGACAGGCGAAGGAGGAACGAACAACGAAACCAAAUGAUAGACCACGCCAGCUUAAUUGCGACAUCCCUGGCCAAUGAAACCAUGGUGAUGCUCGCUUCUAGAUUCAUCGACAGGGUGUCGCAAGGUCUAUCAUUUGAAGAGGCCCGGAGCAGAUUAGAUGCAGAUAUAGAAGAGAGCAGCUCCGGCCUCAGAAGAUCCAUCCAGGACAGCUUAAAUAACAGCUUUCCCAUUGAAGCUGAAGAAGUCAUACCACCUACUUCUCCAACGAUGGAUCUGUCGUCUGUCCAGAAGCCUUCACCACCGCUUGCCCUCCAGCCGUCACCAACUCUACCAUCACCUGUUGUACCAACAAUUAGUCCAGCACCAAUUUCUCCUCCGUUGGCAUCUGCAAGUUCUCCACCACCAUCUUCCCCACCUGCAUCACCCCUACCUGCAUCACCCCUACCUGCAUCACCUUCACUAGCAUCACCUCAACCUGCAUCACCUCCACUUGCAUCACCUCCACUUGCAUCACCUCAACCUGCAUCACCUCAACCUGCAUCACCUCAACCUGCAUCACCACCUGCAUCACCUCCAGUGCAAGUUCCUCCAGUGCAAGCCCCCCCAGUACCACCACCUGUUCCUCAGCAGCCUCAGGCUCGGAGGCGAAGAGGAAACCCUGGGAGGCGAAGCACGAGGCUUGCACUUUUAAUUGAAUCCAGCAAGAACUUCUUAAAGACCGACCCUCCAUUCAGCCUUCCAAAAAGAACGAGGUACUCCAAAAAGUACCCAGCUUAAAUAUUUUAAAAGAUCCUUCCGUCUUCAACAACCCUAAGAGACAUAAUGAUGAUCUCUUCUGUUUGGAGAAAAGUCCUGGAAAAAACGUUAGUUAUUGGAUCUUCAUAUGUUGCUCUGGAAUGUGCUGAAUUUAUAGCAAGAAUUGGGUUGGAUGUCACGGUUCGUUCUAUCUUGCUUCGAGGUUUCGAUCAAGACAUGGCUGAAAGAAUUGGUAACUACAUGCAGGAAGAAGGCAUAAAAUUUCUCAGACCU